UUUUUAUUAUAUAUUAAUUUAUAGAGUAUUAAUUUAAAGAGGUUAUACUGUAUUAUUUGAAAAGUGAUUUGAAAGAAAAAUGAUGACAUGUCAUAUCAACGAUGAUGAUAUGAAUGAAAUUAAUUGUGGCAUAGACAUUUUUAUUUAAUGUUGAUUUAUAAUUUUGAUAAUUAUUUAGAACAUGCUAAUAACUUAUAGAUCAUCAUUAAUAUAACAAUAAAUAAUAUAAUAUAUAGUAGAAAUAGAAUUGUAAUAAUAAUUUACAAUUUUCUAAUUAUUAUAUAAUUAUAUUUUUAUAAUUAUAUAAUUUUACCACUAAAACAAUUCUUCAAACUUUUUUAUGCAGUUUUUUUAUAAAAAUUACAAUUAUUUUAAUCCAAUACCAUUAGUUUCUUUUAAUAUCUACACAUUUUAGAUAUUUAAUGUCUCUUAAUUUUAUAGAAUUUAAUUUAAUAUAUUUUAACUAAAAAGUUGAUAAAAAAUUUUUCCAAGAUUAAUUUUUUUUAAUAUAUAUACCUUUAUAUGAUUAUAUAUAUAUAUAUAAACUUAAAAUUAUUUAAGUUAAAAUUUAAAUAUUCUGAUGACAAAAUAAAUAAAUAUUCUAAGCAAAUAAUAAAAAUCUAAAAAAAAUAUCAAAACUUAUUUUAAAAUAUAAUAAGUUUUAAAACAUAAUUAUAGCAUGUGUAAGAGUUGGGGGUAAUACGAGAAUAUUUAACAACUUUCGAUCAAACGUGGAAUAUCCUAUUAUACAACAUUGAAUCAUUUCUUAAACUUGGUUGGUUUCAUUCACAUCUCUUACUAAAAUAGAAAUUUUUUUAAUGGUCUUAACCAUCAGUCAUAUGUUAUUUAUAUAAAAUGUCACUAAUAAUUAAUGAAAACACUAGAACUUCAUUAAAAUAAUUAUAUAACAAUAGUAUACAACAACAAUUAAAUUUAUAACUGAACAGUGUAAUAUAAUUAAUAAUUGACUAAAACAUUCAAAUAAUUUAUGAAAAGUGGAUAACUGUUUUUUCUUGCAGGUUUAGAUACUAAAAAUAGUUUCAAUUAAUAUUAAAUCAAUCAACUUAAUACAUUGAUUUAUUUAUAUUUUCAUAAAUAGACACGUACAUUCAUGUAAACUUAAAUAACUUUCAUAUUCAAUUAAAUAGUGUAUAAAUAAAAUUUUAGAGUAAAUAAAUUUUCUGCAAAUAAUUUUUAUAAUUAAAAUUUUAUGAAAAAAUAUAUCACACAAUUAAUCAAAUAAAUUACAGAAAUUUAUUGAAAUUUUAUAAAUAAAAGCGAAACAAUUGAAAAAUAAAGUUAAGUCAUAUUUUAUAUAAGUUUUAUAUUUAAUAUAAAUACAAAUUAUAUAAUUAUAUAUGUUUUCAAAUACAAUAAUACAAAAAAUAUAAUUGUUUUUUAAUUUUGUAAAUUAAAAUUUAUUUAAAAAAUUCCAGCAUUUUAAGUUGUCUGUUAUAGCACGUGUAAAAGUUGGGAGUGAUAUUAUGUAAAAACCUUCAAUUCUUAUGUAAUUUUUUGGUUGGUCUAUACAGUAUUAAGUAUAGCAUGUGUAAAAAUUGUGGUAAAAGUAUUUACAAAUCCAAUCUUAUAACUUAAGUAGAAAUUUUUAUCUGUUUCAAAAACAAUGUUAAGAUUUCAAAUUUAAGGUUUUGAACUUUGACACUUCAAUUACAGAGUUCACUUUUAAAAAAAUUAUUUUUGAAAAUUUUAAUUUAUUUUUAAUUUAUACAACAUUUUAAAAAAAAUUCAUUUUAAUUUAGCAAUUUAGUCUUUACAAUUUUAUAUCUUAAAUAUUUUACAAAUAUUUUAUUAUUUUAUAGAAGGUUUAAAUAUUAAACAAUGCUAAAAUUCAUAUAAAUUUCAUAUAAUCUGAAAGGUUCAAAAUUCUUUUCUGAAGGUUUCAAAAUUCUUUUAUGAAAGGUUCAAAAUUCCUUUCUGAAUGGUUCAUAAUUAUUUUCUAAAGGUUUGUGAAUUCCUUUCUGAAUGGUUCAUAAUUAUUUUCUAAAGGUUUACGAAUUUCAUUCUCAAUGGUUUGUGCGACUUAUCUGCCUUUACUAAUUAGAGCGGCAUGUUUCAGUCUCUAGGAAGUACUUUAACUCUUGUUUACCAAUUAAAUCAGGAGGAGGAAGCAUGUAUAACUUCAUCUAUAUCUUAUGUUAUUCAUGAUUUAUGUUAAUGGCUAUGAAGAGUUAAUAAACGGUUAGUAAUCUUUUUGUAAAGGAUUUAGUUUUUUUUUUCCUAAAGGAUUAAAAAAAUUUUGUAAAAAAAACGAGAGGUAUAUCCUAAUUUCAUUGUAGUACUCAGAAAGAGUGUCAAUCUGUAUAAUAUCGUUCCAGUUUAAAAAUUAUUCUAGAUACUUUCAUAGAUCAGGAAUAUCUCAUUUUAAUAUAAAAAAAAUGUCUAUAAAUAGAAACACAUAACUAGUGCAAAGACAAUUAUAGUCCCUAUAUAGACUUCUACUUAAUCAUCUCCUCAAUAAAAAAAUAAUAAUUAAAACAAAAUUAAGAAUGAGAAUAAAAUAUUUUCUUUACUAGUGCUCAUUGUAACAUCCUCCAAUUAAGUACUCUUCGACACCUGAUUUCUACGCUCGACAUCUCGUAAGCAUUCUUAUCUGUAAUACUAAGAAUUCCACUUCCCACUUUUCCACUAACAAAUAUAAUUAAUUUUAUGUAUAAGUGGAAUUUUUUUUUAAAAAAUGUUAAAUUAAUUUGAACAAAAAAAUCUUUUUUUACAUUUUCUGUUGCAUUGUUUUAAGCUUUUGUGUUUAAAAAGAAAAUGCUAGUUGUAACUCUAUCGUCGUGUGGCUAGCCAUCUUGACAGCCCUUUCUCAUAGGCAUGUCGGUACAUUCCUCUGAAAGCUCCAAGCCUGUUGCGGACUUAAACAAACAUAUACAGUCAUGUAACGGUGCCCGCAAAUGCUUUUGCUAAAUGAUGAAAUAUGCUUGGAGCUAAUGUGAAUGGAUUUUUUGCUUGGUGGUUGUUGGACAAACUUCGAAUGGGUAGAUGGAGAAUUAAUGUAAACUGUACCAUUCCGAAAAAUGAAUGGUUAUAAAGUUUACCAGAAAAUUCGGUUGAUCACUUGGUUCAAAAAGUUUCUGCAUCCAAAGAAAAGCAAUUAAUGUAAACUUUGUACCAUUCAGUUUAUUAUUAUUAUUAUUACUACUCCAUUAGUGUCAUUUUAAGUGUCACAUUAGGUUUUCUUAUUUUAUUUUAAAAACAUGUUAUUCUACAAUUUUAAUGUAACUUUGUACAUUAAAUAUAUUUUUUACCUUCUUGAAUAACCAAUAAAUUUUUAUUUAUCAUUCUCAUUCAAUUAAUUAUGCAUUAAAUAAAGAUAUAUUCUUAUUAGUAUAUUAUAUAUAUUUUUUAAUUUUUACGAAAAAUGUCAAAAUGACACUUUUUAAUAAAUAGAUGUUAUCUUUUCCCAGUUAGAAAUAAUGAGGAAUGGUUUUCUUUUGGUCAACAUAAAAAUUGUUUUACACUUUACAGUUUUAGUUAUUUAUACAACGAACCUGAUUGGUUUUUUAAAUAAUAUAACCUGAUUGAUUUUCCUCGACCACAUAGUUUGUUCCUUUUUUUAAUAAUCUCCAAGAUUUCGACGAUGAUCAUUUGUGGUAUUAUGAGUUGGAUCAUUUGGAAAGUUUGGUUGGUCCCAUGCAUGAUUAAUUUUAGCAUGUAUAAAAUUUGGGAAUAAAACGUUGGAUCAGACGUGGAAGUGUCUACAAAAGCCCUUUUUCAAAAAAAAAAAAGUGUCCUAUUAUACAACAAUAGAUCGUAGUCCUAUUAUACAACAAUAAAUCGUAGAUCGUUUGGAAAUUUUAGUUGGUCCCAUGCAUUUGAUGGUCACAACAACAGAGUUAUUCUUGGGGGUGAACCUCACCAACUAGUAAGAUUUCGUUAUUUGAUAUUCGAUAUUUUUUAGAAAUAAAAACAAAAUAUUGUCAAGUUAUAUUAUGUUUUUAAAAUAAAAAGGUAAAAAAUAAAUAAAAUAAUAGUAGUUAGAAAAAAAAUUUCAAAAUAUUUUUAACGUUGUCAUCAAAACUAAAUCUUAAAUCUUAAAUCAUGAACCUUUGGGUAAACCUUAAAGUUUUGGAUAAAUUUUAAACUCUAAAUCAAAAACACUAAAUACUAAAACACUAAACCCUAAACUCUAAAUUUUAAACCCUAAACCUUUGAGUCUUUUUAGCGUGUAGUGUUUUUGAUUUAGAGUUUAGGAUUUAUCCAAGGGUUUAAGGUUUAUCCAAAGAUUUAGAGUUUAAGAUUUAAGGAUUAUGAUUUAGGGUUUAUGAUUUAAUGUUUUGCUGACGACGUUAAAAAUAUUUUUUUUGUAAUUACUACUAUUUUUUAUUUAUUUAUUUACCUUUUUAUUUUUAAAAAUAUAAUAUAACUUGACAAUAUUUUAUUUUAUUUUUAAAAGAUGUCAAAUAUGAAAUAAUAUAAUAUUAUUGGUUGGUAAAUUUUGAAGUUCUCCUCAAAUAUGAAAUAAUAUAAUAUUAUUGGUUGGUGAAUUUAAAAGUUCACCCUAACCAUAAAGGGUGAAUCCAAGAACAAGUUCUAUAUGCAACAACUUUCUCUUCCUAUUAACCAACCUUGGAGUCUUGGACCAUUUGGAAAGUUUGGUUGGUCCAUGCAUUUAUUAAUUUUAGCAUGUAUAAAAACUGGGAGUAAUACUAAACUAUGGAAAAACAUUGAUCAUUUGGGAAUUUUUUUUUUUUUUUUGAUAAUCCAGGUAUCCGGAUCUCUCACUUAAUCCGACUAUUCCACUGCGUCUAACCGGAACUGGCGAGAAAGGUCCUGGAGACCAAACGGAAACCAUGUUAAAUCUGCUGUGGCCGAGAUUCGAACUCGUGAUGACGGGCACCUCAGCCGAAGUUCUUUUACCACCAGACUACGAGGCCCAGUUCAUUUGGAAAUUUGUUGGCCCCAUGCAUUGUUAGUUUUAGCACGUGUAAAAGUUGGGAGUAAUAGUAUCUAUGUAACGACUUUCGAUUUCUAUGUAAGCAACCUUUUGGACCAUUUGAUUUAUUUGGUUGGUCUUUGCAUUAAUUUUAUUGAAAAAGAAACACUAUAUAGAAACCUCUACUUAAUCAUCUUCAGUUAAAAAAAUAACAAUCAAAAGAAAUUUAGAAUGACAGGAAAAUAUCUUUCUUUACUAGUGGUCGUCAUUGUGAUAGCAGCCAAAUAUCUUUGUUCAGCACCUGAACUAAGAAGAAGUGAUUUUCCAAAAGAUUUCAUUUUUGGGUCUUCAACAUCUGCUUACCAGAUUGAAGGAGCUGCUCAUGAAGAUGGUAAAGGACCAAGUAUCUGGGAUACUUUCACUGAAAAAUAUCCAGAGAGAAUAAAGGACGGUAGCAAUGGAUCUGUUGCAGCUGACUCUUACCAUCUUUACAAGGAAGAUGUAGCUUUAAUGCAUCAAAUUGGUCUCAAUGCUUACAGAUUCUCUAUCUCAUGGUCGAGAAUUUUGCCUCAUGGGAAUCUUAAAGGAGGAAUCAACCAGGCUGGUAUUGACUAUUACAACAACUUGAUCAAUGAGCUUUUGUCCAAAGGAAUUACGCCUUUUGCCACCAUUUACCAUUGGGACACACCACAAGGCAUUGAAGAUGCUUACGGUGGACUCCUUGGCGCAGAAUUUGUAAAUGAUUUCCGCGAUUAUGCGGAAAUUUGCUUUAAGAAUUUUGGAGACAGAGUGAAACACUGGUUGACAAUGAACGAGCCGUUGUCAGUGGUGCAAGGAGGGUAUGGUCAAGGUAAAACAGCUCCAGGAAGAUGCUCUAAAUUCACAAACCCUAAAUGCACCGCCGGAGAUGGAGCCACCGAGCCUUAUAUCGUCGGUCAUAACCUCAUCCUUUCUCACGGAGCCGCCGUAGAAGUCUACAGAGAAAAAUACAAUGCAUCUCAAAAAGGUCAAAUUGGUAUUGCUUUGAACGCCGCUUGGAACUUGCCCUAUUCAAAAGAAUCAGCUGAGGAUAAGUUGGCUGUGGCACGAGUCCUGGCAUUCACAUUUGACUUCUUUAUGGAGCCCCUUGUGACCGGUAAAUACCCACUCGAUAUGGUCAACAACGUAGGCGGUCGCUUGCCUACAUUCACUGAACAACAAUCUAAGAUGCUUAAGGGCUCAUAUGAUUUCAUUGGCAUCAAUUAUUACUCUUCCUCUUACGCAAAGGAUGUUCCAUGCUCUACCGAACAGGUUACACUGUCCUCUGAUCCUUGUGCGAACACCACAGGCGAAAGAGAAGGAGUUCCCAUCGGUCCAAAGGCUGCAUCAGAUUGGCUUUUGAUAUAUCCAAAGGGAAUUCGUGAUCUUAUCCUCUAUGCAAAAUAUAAGUUCAAAGACCCCGUCAUGUACAUAACCGAAAACGGGAGAGAUGAAUUUAGCACAGACAAAAUAUUCCUUAAAGACGGAGAUAGAAUCGACUACUACGCUCAACAUCUUGAGAUGCUUAAAGACGCGAUCUCGAUUGGAGCUCACUCAGCUCAGGUGAAGGGUUUUUUUGUAUGGUCGUUGUUGGACAACUUUGAAUGGAGCACGGGAUACACCGUUCGAUUUGGGCUGGUUUUCGUGGAUUUCAACGAUGGAUGUAAGAGACACUUGAAAAAAUCGGCUCAUUGGUUCAAGAAGUUCUUGAAAUCAAAGAAAAGCAAUUGAUGGAAACUGUAUCAUCCUUUUGGAAAUCAUAAGGAAUAUCCUGGUUUAAAAUUUGAUAAUAAUAAAAUAAUACGGAAUCCAAAGAAUCGUGUUAUCUUUCUCUAUUUAAAACUUUUAGUUAUAUAUAAUUGGGGUUUUAUGAUAUAAUUAUAAUCUCUGAUUGAUUUUACUCUACCAGAGUUUGUUCUUCUUUAUAAUCUCCUGAUAUUCAACGAUAAUCAUUUGUCGUAUUAUGAGUUCGAUCAUUUGGUAGAUUUGGUUGGUCCCAUGCAUUAUUAAUUAUAGCAUUGUGUAAAGUUGAGAGUAAUACUAUAGUAUGUGAACUUUCGAUACUGAAGAGAAAGCUAUUAGAAAGCUAAAAAUAGUUAUAAAAAUUCAAUUGUAAAACGUAAUUAAUAUUUCAAAAAUAAAACAAAUAUUUUAUAUAAUUAUUUUGUUUAUUAGUUUAAUUUUUUAUAUAUAUAUUUUCUCUAUUAAUUUGUAUUAUUAUUUUUACCGAAUAUAAUUUUAUGAAUGGCUUUGGGCAACUAUAGACGUUCGCACGGCUCUGGUUAUCAAACAACAAGUAGUCCGCAAGAGCGAUCAUGCGAGCAUGCGACCAUGUGGUCUGAACGUUUGAUCCAAAUAGUUUGAUAGUGAGACACAAUUUGAUGAGUUUUCCAAAAAAAAAAAAAAAAGU